UAGGAUAUUUGGGGGUUGUUUACGCCUUAUAAACCACCCUUCGUCGAACGAUUAACCAAAUACGAACCGAAAAAAAAAAGUCUCGCGAAUCGGUAAUUUCGGUCGGUCGCGUGGACUCAACCAUCUAGAGGAAUUCCAACUUGGUGGAUCGAGUAGCCAAGUGAGAAGACGUCAACCAAGGGGCCAAGGGAAUAUUGGACCAGAGGACCAAAGGAAUAUUGGACCACGGCGGAAUCUCUACUCUGCAGCAUACAGGGCAUGGAACUUCUAGUGGUAUUGCUCUGAUCCAUGGUGAGACCUACAGGAGUUUGGUAGAUAAUAAACGCUUUUUCAAUUUUCCAAGACAACGUGCGUAAGAUCCAAGAACACAAUAAAAAGUACGAGUCGGGUGAGGUGACUUACGCUAUGAAGGUAGCACAGUUUGACGACAUGACCCAACAAGUGUUCCUGGACUUGCUGAAGACCCACGGCAAAGCUGCCCGACCAGGCAAAGGGCUAAAAUUUGAUUCCACGGAUAUUGAGACAGAGACUGCGAUUGACUGGAGGAAAAAGGGUGCUGUGACAGCUGUGACAGCUGUCAAGAGACAAGGCCAAUGCGGCUCAUGUUGGGCUUUCAGUGCCUCAUUUAUCCAAAUGAAACUCCUUAUGCCAGUCUUGUUGAUCAUCGCAGUUGUCGUCUGCCUGAUCUCUGUGGUCUUCGCUGACAAGACAAAUUUUGUUCUGGAUUCUGCCAAGCAGAUUGGAUAUACGGACAUUGCAGAGACAAAAAGAUUGCUUGAAUUAUGA